AUGGGUAAAUGCUGUUCAAAAUGUCAACUCAAAGAUGCUGACAAUGAUAAUUCUCUAACGUUAUUGUUAUCCAGUGGAAAAUUGUUCCCCUCAGUGAGCGAGAAUCCGGUUUAUCCAAUCCCUGAAGAAAUUGAUCGAUUGCAAACUCUGCAUUAUUUAUUUCGAUCCUUGUGGCAGAGUAAUUAUUCAUCUCCAAUUGAGGAUUCAUUGACAUCGGGUGGAUUGCACGUUUUAGAUGUUGGGUGUGGACCGGGAACAUGGAUCCUUGAAAUGGCAACUACAUAUAAAUUAUCGCAUUUUACAGGCGUUGAUAUCUCCACAAUGUUUCCAAACGAGGUUAAACCACGUAAUGUUGCUUUUGUUGAAGGAAAUCUGAGAAAAGGUUUAAAUUUCGCGGACAAUACGUUUGAUUUUGUCUAUAUGCGAUGUUCGGCCAUGGAAUAUACUGAUAAACAAUGGGAAGAAACAGUGAUAAAUGAAUUAAUUCGGGUUACAAAGCCUGGAGGUUGGAUUGAAUUUAUGGAGAUGGACAUACGUUUUGAAAAUCAAGGACCAGCUGCAUCUCAAUUACAGAAUUUUUAUGAAGGAUUCUCGCAUUCAAAAGGAGUAAACAACGUAACUUCGUUAUUUUCACGUAUACCACGAUAUCUCGAAGCAACGAAUCAGAUGAACACUUCGCAAGUGCAUCGAGAAGAACGAAAAGAGCCGAUUGGAAAAUGGGGAGGACGAUUUGGUGAACUUGCAAUAAAUAAUUUUGCUACGUUUUAUCGUCUUAUACGGCAACACCUUGUCCCGAUAAUGGGCAUAACAAAUGACCAGUACGAAGAAAUUGUUGAAACGUUCAUCAAGGAAGUUGAGGAGCACAAAACAUAUGCCAUUAGCUCUCGAGUCUUUGCACAAAAGAAAGGUGGUGAUGAAUCAUUACAAAUGCAAAAACAACCGCAAAUACUAUCAACUUCACCACAAGUUAUAUUCAAUGCAGAAAUAGCAGCGUCAUCAUCCUCGUCGCAUGGAUGGUUACAGUCAGAACAGUCCACGUCACAUCAUUCGCGUUUUGGAUCCGUACAAUCGACAGGACAAUCUAUAGAAGAAAGUAUUGAACUUGCACAAUUAGAAUGA